ACAAUACUGAAGUGUGGGGAGGCGGCUUUCGGUUCCCAGGUGCAGUAAAUAAAGAAACGUUAAAAAACGCUUCCAUCAAAUUAUUUUUGGCGUGGAAAUCGGAAGCUUGGCACUUUCUUCAAAGCCCCCGUAUUGUUAGUGCGUGUGUGGCUGCCUGUGCGCCCCUGCCGACGGGAUUUUUUGCUCCCCCUGCCUCUGCCGGGGGCGUUACGAGCCUCGGUAUAUUAACAAGUGUAGGGGAGGGCUACAGGGCCAGUACUGCCGGCGUCGAGGGAGGGGGGCAAGAGCAGCUUUGUGCGCCUAGGAGCGUCCUCGCAUUUCCAGCAUCCAUUCGGUGCGCUGAUUUUCACGUACUGCUGCUGUUAUUUUAUAAAGGAGGAGUCGACGUACAAAAGACAGUAAGGCUCGAACGUGACAUCAUGGAAAAUGUGAAUCAAUUCAUCGACCUUCUGUUGGAAGACAUAAACUUCACCGAACAUGACGACAACGUGUCCCACAUGGAGGCAGUGGUGUGUCCUUCCAGCUUCAACAUGGUGGCUGUGCUCUAUGCUAUGUCCAUCCUGUACAUCUUCAUCUUCAUCAUUGGCCUGGCCGCCAACUCGGUGGUGGUGUGGGUGAACGUGCGGGCGGAGAGGAGCCGCUACGAGACGCACCUGUACAUCCUCAACCUGGCUGUCGCUGACCUGUGUGUGGUGGCCACCCUGCCCAUUUGGGUGAGCUCCCUGCUUCAGCAGGGGCACUGGCCUUUCGGCGAGGCCAUGUGCAAGAUCACGCACCUGGUCUUCAGCGUUAACCUCUUCAGCAGCAUCUUCUUCCUCACCUGUAUGAGCGUGGACCGCUACCUCUCGGUGGCGCUGUUCAGUGACUCCCAUAGCAGGCAGAAGAAGAUGGUGCGCAAGUUGAUCUGUGUUCUGGUGUGGCUGCUGGCUCUCGCAGCUUCAGUGCCAGACACCUACUUUCUGCAGGCUGUCAAACCUGUGCAUUCAGAAAACACCUUUUGCCGGCCGGUGUACCCUGCAGAGAGCGCCCGCGAGUGGAUGGUGGGUAUCCAGUUCAGCUUUAUAGUACUUGGCUUUGCCAUUCCUUUUCCUGUCAUCGCGGUCUUCUACUUGCUCUUGGCGGGGACCAUCGCCUCCUCUCCAGACCAGGAGCGAUGUCUGAGCCGCAAACUCAUCCUGACCUACAUCGUGGUCUUCCUGGUAUGCUGGCUGCCCUACCACGGGGUGCUGCUGGUGGAUGCCUUGUCAAUGUUGGGUGUCAUGUCCUUCAGCUGCCCUCUUGAGAACUUCAUCUACGUAGCGCUGCAUGCCACCCAAUGCCUCUCGCUCAUCCAUUGCUGUGUCAACCCUGUCAUCUACAACUUCAUCAACAAGAACUACCGCUACGACCUGAUGAAGGCUUUCAUCUUCAAGUACUCUACCAAGACCGGCCUGGCCAAGUUGAUCGACGCCUCCAGGGUUUCAGAAACUGAGUACUCUGCCGUGGACAACCAUGGCCAACUGUAGGACUGUGUGAGGCAACUCAACAAAGAGACUAUGUGAGUUGGAGCUCAGUGACCCUACACUGCCCGGUGUACAGUCGCUGAAGGGCCAUGUGUUAUAUACCAAUGAAGCACUAUAAAUUACUGCGACCAAUCCAUUAUACCUUAUGGUAUAGAAGUCUACUGUAUAGACAUAGUGACCAUAAGUGACCGUUGGCAGGUUUGGUCAACAAGACAGGAAGUCAUAAAAAAGCACUUCCAAAACUUAAAGGACUUUGAGAUAUUUCUGAGGUUUUUUCACAUGGUGGGGGCGGGGGGGGGGGGGGGUAAGGUUAGUAUCUGGUGCCUUGCAGGAACAACAGCAGGCAAGGCAGUGAGCAUGUCAGGCUGUGAAGGGGGGGCACGGCGUGGGAGAGGCCAGAUGGGGAGCAGAGAGGGGGGGGGGCAGGAGGUGGGGCCGCUCGUCGAGCCUCCCAGCUUGUCAUUAGGACUCGGUGAGACGCCAGCGUCCCGCCCAGGCCCCAGAGCCUGCCGUUUCACUGGAGCUGUUUACAGGCAGAGGGAGGACAGGGAGGAAUGUGGGCCGGGUGGCUGCCAGGGUCCAGGCGUCAGGAGGGAACCCAGUAGAAAAGCACACUUACUCACCAAAAGCAAAACCGCCAGACUGGACAACACAAUAGUGCUUUGUGUUUUUUAUUAGAAGGGAUAAACCUUCAGGUAACUUAAAGUAUUCGUCUAAAUAUUAUAUAUAUACAUAUAUAUAUUUUGUAAAUAUUCUCAUAUUUAUAUAUUCAUUUAUUUGUAUUGUUCUGAGCUGUAUGACAUAUGCCUCUUGUUGGAUCGUUUGGUCAUCUAAUGGGAAAUGCCAUGGAUUCUAGUGCUGUUGUUUAGUUCUCGGAUGUGUAGAAGUCCCCUUUGCUCCCUAUAAUGGGCUUAUUUUGUAUGUUUCAGUACUUUCAGUACUGUCAUGUGGGGCAUGGUGUGAGGUGUGGGUACAAAACCAGCCUGUGUGUGUGUGUGUGUGUGUGUGUGUGUGUGUGUCAUCAGAGUUUCUGUUUCCUGCUGUCAUUUUCCCAGCAAACUUCAGGUGAUCUGGUGACUGUAAAUUGCCUGCAAACUAAUUGUCUCUUCUCUCGUUUGGAUCGUACCCACCUCACCUCCGCUUCCUGGAACAGUGCAGCCCUAAUUAGAUACAGUUAUUGAAAAUAGCUGAAUAGAUGUUACUCUUUACCAGAUACAUAUCACCAUGUUUUAGCCGCUAUUGUUCAUGAAUGUUUGACAUGUCAGACGUUAUAUAAGAUAUAUUUAAACUUUUUCUUCCUUUUGGUGCCAUAUAUUGUUCGCAGUACAGCAAAAACACACAUUAUUAUUGUAGUAAUAGCAUUUUUAAAAUGCACUUGCGUAGAAGUGCUACAGAAACGGAAAUCAUUGAGCUUCCCGAUGACUGAAGUCCAGUGAGGGCAUAAGGCGCGGUGUCACUAGCAAAAAGCACUGACAGACUUGUUGCUAUGGUGACAGUGCUACCUUUGUUCUCUCUGAGGGAGGAACUGCGUGUUUGUGGCUUCUGUACAUUAAUGUCAUAUGGCAUGAUGCAGUGAGUUUCCAGGUCACUAAACAUUAAAUGAUGUUUGCUUA